AUGACACAUACUGAAUCUGGCUAUUACGUGCAAUCAUCGUCACCUUUGGAUUCGGCGUUGUUUUUCGUGCUUGCCGCCUUUAUUCUCAACAUAAUCGUCGUCUUUAUGGCUUUUUGCUAUUUCGAUCCGUCACCAGAGCCGCCGUUAAUUAAUCGAACUUACCAGAUUCUAAGACGAAUUAGCAGAACUGCAACAAAUCGAGCUAAUGGACAUUCUUUGAAGGAGGUCGAUGACUCGAACACCGUUCUAUUUGUGUAA